AUGCCUCGCUCAGCCUACGACCCCCCGUCGGGCUCGCACGACGACGAUUCCGAUGAGUAUGAGCAUCGCCCCGCCCCAGUAACAGCUCCUGUCUCGCCCACGUAUCGACGACGAUUACCAGCCCACGAGAAUGACAGCUUGCUUGGGAACGACCGCCGGACAAAUUAUGGAGCCGCAACGAGACCGGAUACGUUCUUCAGAUAUAACACCACCGGUGGCACACUUCGUCGGUCCCGUCACCAUAGCCGAAGGCCAUCAGCGCGAUUUGUGCCCGGCCAGAGGACACAAGCUCAGCCGGACGAUACACCCAAAGACUGGAACGAGGAUGUCAUGCAAGGCUCGUCAUAUCUAGACGAACGGCUAUGGUACGAUCAGUUUACUUCGAUAGAUUGGGUGCAUGACAGUAUCAAGGAUGGUAUUCGCUUGCGGGAAUUGCGAAGUCGAAAGGACUUCAAGGGUCGAAUGCUGGCCUUGUUUGACGGCGCUCAAGGGUGGAUUCUUGUAGCCCUCAUCGGUUGUAUAACUGCGGCCAUUGCUUAUUUUGUGGAUAUUGCCGAUAAACAUGUGUUUGAGCUAAAGGAUGUUGGGUUUUCUCGAUUUGACAAUGAGUCGGUGGACUUUAUAUUUUAUGUCUUCUGGGCCGUGUUGAUGGCUUUGGGUGCAUGUGGGCUCACCAUGUUUACCAAGACGGUCGUGCCGUCGACAAUUGCUUUGUCUACAUUGGAUGAAAAUCUGGGGGCCGAGAGCAGCAAUGCCCCCCAAAGCCCCAGCGGUUACUUCACCAGUUUACGUAGCAAUCCGUCCACAGUCUACUAUUCUGCUGCUGGCAGUGGAGUGGCUGAAGUCAAGGUUAUUCUGAGCGGCUUUGUUUUGCACGGAUAUCUGGGAUUGAAGACUCUCAUAUUCAAAACUCUUGCUUUAGUCUUGGCCAUUUCGUCUGGUAUGAGCUUGGGAAAGGAAGGUCCUUAUGUGCAUAUUGCGACAUGUGUGGGCAAUAUCUGCAGCCGUCUGUUCAAGAAAUAUCGAACCAACGAUGCCAAGCGCCGAGAAGUUCUUGGGGCUUCGGCAGCCAGCGGUGUGGCAGUCGCUUUCGGAGCGCCUAUUGGAGGCGUACUUUUUGGACUGGAAGAAGUCAGCUAUUACUUUCCUCCAAAGACUCUUUUCAGGACUUUCUUUUGCUGUAUUGCAUCCGCAUUAUCUCUGAAAUUCCUCAACCCGUAUGGUACAGGCAAGAUUGUGCCUUUUCAAGUACGAUACGUCUCUGAUUGGGAGAUCUUCGAAAUGGGAAUCUUCAUCCUUCUAGGUAUCCUAGGUGGAACACUAGGUGCACUGUUUAUCAAAGCCACAAACCUCUGGGCUAGAUCAUUCCGUCGAAUCCCAUUGAUUAAAGGAUCGCCCUUGCUGGAAGUUGCUCUAGUGGCAUUUAUCACGGGCAUCGUGAGCUUCUGGAACCGCUAUACCAAAUUGGCUGUGGCCGAACUUCUUGAAGAGCUCACUGCACCAUGCGAUCCUACUGGUGUGACAAAAUCGGGUCUCUGUCCUAACGAGAAGGAAGAUAUUUUGGUGGUCGUGAAGUACCUGCUGGAGGCUUUUAUCGUCAAGAGUCUUUUAACCACCAUUACUUUUGGACUAAAGGUUCCUGCCGGUAUAUAUGUCCCUUCCAUGGUGGUAGGAGGCUUUAUGGGACGUAUUGUUGGCCAUCUUACGCAAUAUUUUGUCGUUGCGUACCCGGACUUCUUCCUUUUUGCGAGUUGUCCUGCUGUUCCUGGAGUCGAGUCAUGUGUGACCCCUGGUGUCUAUGCUAUGGUAGCUGCCGGAGCAACCAUGUGUGGCGUUACUCGACUGUCAGUAACGUUGGCUGUCAUUUGUUUUGAACUGACUGGAAGCUUGAAUCAUGUGCUGCCGUUUUGCAUUGCAAUCUUGUGUGCUAAGUGGACGGCUGAUGCUAUUGAGCCGCGCAGUAUUUAUGAUUUGCUUACUGACAUGAACGACUACCCAUUCCUCGACAACAAAGGUAGUCAUCCAACCACCGACCAAACUUUGGGCGACCUCAGUCGUUCAACUGGACGACACCGGACUAUCGAUAUCACCAACUCCGCACUUGUCAGGGCAAAAGACCUGCGCGGAAAGCUGGAUUAUCUCCUCAUGGCCGGUGAACUUGACAGUGGUCUACCUAUUGUGCGAGAUACAGUACUGGUGGGCAUGAUUGCAGCCACCGACCUCGAGUUUGCCUUGGAUGGACUUGAGGAUGAAUAUGCAGAAUUCUGCAUCAUGUCUCCUGACCAUCAAAACUGGCCUGAGCCUUAUAAUGAGGACGGUGAUUCAAGCGGCCCGGUGCAUGAUUUCACCAUAUAUAUUGAUCCGUCCCCCGUUGCUCUUGACGUACAUUCGCCAUUGGAUCUGGUCUAUCAAUGUUUCGUCAAGCUUGGUCUUCGAUACGUGUGCGUUUUGCAUGACGGCAAGUUUCAGGGACUGGUUCACAAGAAACAAUUUGUGAAACACAUGAGGGAGCUCGAGAAGUCUUAA